CAGGGCAUGGCUGCUGCUGCUGCUGCUGAAGGCAGAGCCAGAGGAGAGGCUCCCUUGGCGCAGAGGGCCAGCCAGCCUUGGCCCCUCCUGGCCUCACCAUGAGCGGCUCUGGAGAGGCAGCCAAGGAGAAGCUGCUCUGGAAUGUCAAGAAAGAGGUGAAGCAAAUCAUGGAAGAAGCCGUCACGCGGAAGUUUGUCCACGAAGACAGCAGCCACGUCAUUGCGCUGUGUGGGGUAGUGGAAGCAUGCCUUCUGCACAUGCUCAAGCGCCGGGCGGCCGGCUUCUUGCGGACUGACAAGAUCGCGGCCCUCUUCACCAAGGUUGGCAAGACAUACGAUGUGGCAAACGAGAUCUGCCAGAAGGCGCAGGAGCUGCUGCAGCAGGUAGAAGGCAGCAAGAAGUACCAGCCGGCCGGCCAAGAGUCCCUGAAGAGGCAAAGCUCGGCCACAAGCAAAGCCCCCAGCCUCACCCCGCAAGCCGUCAAGCACAUUUGGGUCCGCACCGCGUUGACAGAGAGGGUCCUCGACAAAAUUGUGCAGUACAUUGUGGACAAUUGCAGCAAAUAUUAUGAGAAAGAAGCUCUCUUGGCAGAUCCGGUCUGUGGGCCCAUCUUGGCAUGCCUCCUGGUUGGACCUUGCGCCCUUGAAUACACAAAGCUCAAAACCGCCGACCACUUCUGGACGGACCCUUCAGCAGAUGAGUUGGUUCAACGGCAUCGAAUCCAUGGCGCUCACGGCCGGCAAGACUCCCCCUCCAAACGUCCAGCGCUGGGAAUCCGGAAACGGCACUCCAGCGGGAGCAUGUCGGAGGACCGCUUUGCCGCUUCGGCCAGGGAUUACGUGGAGUCGCUGCACCAGAACUCAAGGACGCAUUUGCUCUAUGGGAAGAACAAUGUCAUGGUCCAGCCAAAAGACGACAUGGAAGUCAUCCCGGGCUACCUCUCGCUUCACCAGACCGCCGACUCCUUGACACUCAAAUGGACCCCCAACCAGCUCAUGAACGGGACGCUGGGGGCUUCGGAGCUGGAGAAAAGCAUCUACUGGGACUACGCCCUGAUCGUGCCCUUCAGCCAAAUCGUCUGCAUCCACUGCCAUCAACAACCGGAACGUGGGGGCACCUUGGUGCUUGUGAGCCAAGAUGGCAUCCAGAGACCUCCGCUUCAUUUCCCACCUGGAGGGCACCUUCUUGCGUUCCUCUCUUGCCUUGAAAAUGGCCUCUUGCCUCGGGGACAACUGGAACCUCCAUUGUGGUCCCAACAGGGAAAGGGCAAAGUCUUUCCCAAGCUUCGCAAGCGCAACAGCUACAACCGGUCUGUGGACUUGGACGAAAUGCCAGCCAUGGCGGAGAUGGCGGCCGAUUACGUUUUCAGGAUCAUUUACCCCGGCCACAAGCACAGCGACAUAACUAUUAACUACCACCACUUAGCUGCCAGCCGCUCUGCCUCUGUCGACGAUGACGAGGAGGAAGAAGAUAAGCUGCACGCAAUGCUAUCCAUGAUCUGCAAUCGGAACCUCACAGAUCCUAAAAGGAUGAAAGAUCCUGGGGACAAAUCGGAAAUGCAGGGCUUUGGCGCCAGCUUCUUGUCAUGGCAACUGGACCCGUGCAGCCAGGGAUCCUCAUGUCUCUCGUGCUCCACGGGGAGUUCUCCAUACGACCUGCCUGCGUCCUGCAGCUGCAUUCAUGACAGGACCCCUUUGAAAAUGUUGUGCCAAAGUAUGAAGAGACAGAUUGUUUCCAGAGCCUUCUAUGGAUGGCUUGCUUAUUGCCGGCACUUGUCCACAGUCCGGACGCACUUGUCUGCUUUGGUGAAUCACACCAUCAUCCCUCCAGAUAAACCCACAAGUGCUUCCGGGGGGCUGACGAAAGAGGUCUGGAGCAAAUAUCAGAAGGACAAGAAGAAUUAUAAAGAACUGGAGCUGCUGAGACGGGUUUACUAUGGCGGCGUCCAGCACGAAAUCCGGAAGGAAGUUUGGCCGUUCUUGCUGGGACACUACAAGUUUGGCAUGAGCAAGAAGGAGAUGCACAGGGCGGACGAAGAAAUUGCCCUCCGAUACCAGAAGGUGAUGGCGGAGUGGAAGGCCUGCGAGGUGAUCGUGAAGCUCCGGGAGAAGGAGUCCCAGACAGCCACCAAGUUUUCCUCUGGAAGCAGCAUCGAUAGCCACGUCCAGCGGUUGCUCCACCAGGACUCCUCCAUCAGCAAUGAUGUGUUCAUCUCUGUUGACGAACUGGAUACCGUCGAGCGGGACCCAAAGGUGCCGGAGGACCAGUCCAUGGGAGGCCAUGGCACCGAUGCGCCAACGGUCAUUGUGGCUGGCGAACAGCAGCAGUCGGUUGAGUUCGACUCCCCUGAUUCGGGUCUCCCUUCUUCCCGGAAUUACUCGGUCACCUCCGGCAUCCUCUCCAGCAUCGACGACGGGCAGAGCGUCUGCUUUGAGGACGGGACGGAGGAGGACGCCGCUGCCACAGAUCCAAAUGCGCCAAACAAGGAUUUGGAAACCAAGAAGCCGGGCACGGAGGAGCCGCCGUGUCCUCCGAUGGACUGCAAGCCUAUGGCAGAAGAAGGCAUCUCUGUGUGCUGUGCGGCAUAUACGAUAGAAAUGUUGGACACGGUGGCCUUGAACCUGCACAGAAUCGACAAGGACGUCCAGCGGUGCGAUCGGAAUUACUGGUAUUUCACCGCCGAGAACCUGGAGAAACUGAGGAACAUUAUGUGCAGCUACGUUUGGGAACAUUUAGAUGUCGGCUACGUCCAGGGAAUGUGUGACCUUCUGGCUCCGCUCAUGGUGAUCCUUGACCAAGAUGAGUUGGCGUAUAGCUGCUUCACCCACCUAAUGAAAAGAAUGAGCCAAAACUUCCCCAACGGAGGGGCCAUGGACACCCAUUUUGCCAACAUGCGCUCCCUUAUCCAGAUCUUGGAUUCGGAGCUCUUUGAACUCAUGCACCAAAAUGGAGACUACACCCACUUCUACUUCUGUUACCGCUGGUUUCUUCUGGAUUUUAAAAGAGAAUUGUUGUACGAGGAUGUAUUUACAGUGUGGGAAGUUAUUUGGGCAGCAAAGCACAUCUCUUCAGAACAUUUUGUCCUUUUCAUUGCCUUAGCGUUGGUGGAGGCCUACCGAGAGAUUAUCCGCGAUAACAACAUGGACUUUACUGAUAUCAUCAAGUUUUUUAACGAAAUGGCUGAACAUCACGACGCCCAGGAGAUCCUGAGGAUCGCCAGGGAUUUAGUCUGCAAGGUCCAAACGCUGAUCGAGAACAAGUGAGCCCCGGAGACGAGGGGAUGUCGGAGGAGCAGCAUUGGGUGUCGCUGGCGGAGCCUUUUCGGGGACUUUCGGGGGGACGGGAGGCGGGACGAGGACCCUAACCUGCACUGGUCACUUCAACUGAUGUCUGAACCGCAUCUUCAGUGUAACGUAGUGAACGCUUUGCGAUAUUUCUAAGCACAUGUCAGAAGGUCGAAGGGUAUGUGUCUGUAUGGUGUGUGCCCUUGUCACGGAUGGUCUGAAUCCGCCGUGUGUUGCAUUUCCCAGCUGCUUAAGUGCCUCCCGCACUGGGGUUGCUUCUCUUUUCCCAGUUUGCAACCAGUUUCCAGGUCUUUGGAAACAAGUUGCACAGAUUUCUUACUGUGCAUUUCUCACAACGUUUCCUGCAAGCUCUUUUCCUCCAUUUUGGGUGGGAUCCUUUGCUAGCAACCUUCCUCUAAAUGUCCCCAGGCCUCUCGCCAACCUUGUGCCAACUAUCCGUAUGCCUCUCGCCAACCUUGUGCCAACUAUCCCUACGCCUCUCGCCAACCUUCCUCCAACUAUGCCUAGGCUUCUCGCCAACUUUCCUCCAACUAUCCCUAGACCUCUCGCCAACCUUCCUCCAACUAUCCCUACGCCUCUCGCCAACCUUCCUCCAACUAUCUCUACGCCUCUCGCCAACCUUCCUCCAACUAUCCCUACGCCUCUCGCCAACCUUCCUCCAACUAUCCCUACGCCUCUCGCCAACCUUCCAACUAUCCCUAUGCCU